AAGCUGGAUCACUGUUUAGGGAGGGCAGUCAUCACGCCAUCCUGAGCAGCAGGAGCUGACGUUGGACGGAGCUGCCAGGUAGCUGAAAAAAGGCACAGAAAGCAGCUGAUACCCACUUUUCAAAGGGUUUUUUUUUUAGUCUGAAUCUGGACUUCAAGCAACACAGCGCCUGAGACAGCUCAUCUAAACCUCACUGUAUUGCAAUACUCGCUCUUUCCAAAGAAAAAGACUCCGCUGAGUAGCAGAAUGCUGCCAGUGUCGCAGCUAGGGCUACAAUACAGAGCCUUUUUGUAAUACUUUAAAAUCUCCUUCUGUUCAUAUACAUAGAUACGUUAUCACAUAUAAAUUCUUCCUUUUUUUGAGGGCACCUUUGGCUUUUGUUACCCUGAUGUGACUUUUUCUUCGUCUUGGAAUGAUGGGGAUCUUUCUGGCUUAUGUUGGAUUCAUUUUCUUUUCAGUUAUGUGUAUUCAGCAAGGACUUUCUACCCAAGCAAAAUUCACUGAGUUCCCCCGAAAUGUCACGGCCACUGAAGGGCAGAAUGUGGAGAUGUCUUGUGCUUUCCAAAGUGGCUCCGCUUCGGUGUACCUUGAAAUCCAGUGGUGGUUUCUGCGGGCAGCUGAGGACCAAGAGGCUGGAGCCGAGGUGACAGGCACUCAGACAGUGAAAGUACAAGGGAAUGACAUCUCCCACAAGCUGCAGAUUUCAAAAGUGAGAAAAAAGGAUGAAGGCUUGUAUGAGUGCAGGGUGACAGAUGCCAACUAUGGAGACCUUCAGGAAUACAAGGCCCAGGCAUUUCUCAAAGUCAAUGCUAACAGCCACUCUCGGCGAAUGCAGGCCUUUGAGGCAUCUCCAAUGUGGCUGCAAGACACGAAACCUCGCAAAAACAUCUCAGCAGCUGUUCCAAGUAGCAUCCACAACUCUGCCAAUCAGCGUGUGCGUGCCACCUCCAGCCCUGAAGCAGCAGCCAAAAUCCCCAAACAAAGUCCACAAUCAGGUGCGAGGAUAGCUACAAGCCAUGGACUUUCUGUCCUGCUUCUUGUUUGUGGCUUUGUGAAGGGUGCUUUGCUUUAAUCUAAAAGUGCUGACUUUUUCCAAUAUCACUUUCUCUUCUUAAAGCAAAGAGCAAAUCGCCUGUAAAAUCCACGGAGCGGACAGCAAAGUUGACCCUAACCUCCAACCACCACUCUGCACCCAAUGUACUCUAAAUCUCUACACAAGGAGCACCUUCUUCAGGAAGUACAAACAAAAAUACUAAAUAAAUAAAUAAAUAUUAUAAAAAGAAGAGGAUACCAUGUUUUCUCAAUAGAUCUUAUUUUCUUUGGCGUAUCACUGAUCUUUUAUUUGAAGAGAACUGGUGUGAUGUAAUAGGACGUUUUGUAACAGCAAGACCUAGUUUCCUUUUCUUUCGGCGAGUAGAAGCCUCAUAUCCUUGACUUCUCAGGGGUUGGCCUGCGAGUCAUCAGUAUUAUAAAGUUAACCAUGGGUGACAUUUAGUCUCCUACACUGAAAGGACCGUUCCAGCCUGGAAGCAAACAGAGGCCAAAUAACGAAACAAAACAUAAUGAAUCAACGUCAACCUUGAUAAAACACUUUGUCAAAAAGCCUUUUUUUCCCCCCUUUUUUUUUGCAUGAGGAAUAGAGAGAAUAAAGAAACCCUAGAAAGCAGCUAAGCAGACUAGAGGACACUGUUUCUGGAAAACAAAUGAGGGUAUUUUUCUUUUAGGUUCCCCCCCCAUCAUUCUUCCCUGUAGUUCUUUUCCCUCCUUUUUUGGUUCGUUUCUUGUUCAAUCGUGGCAUUUGCUGACUUAGGCCAACCCCUGACAACUGCGUGGAGGUUUAUAUAUAUAUACAUCUUUUUUUUGUGUGUGUGUUCUAUAUUUCAAUGUGUUUUCUCUAAUUUUGCAACUCCUGUAUAUGCAAAACUAACUUAAAUUCUGUAAAUUGCUUAAAGUCUGUGUGAUAUAACUUCAGAGUAGACAUACUUUGGUCCUCAUGCAAGGCAGUUUUUAAUAUUAUCUAUAUGUCGUGCCACCAAUAGACAUGUUUAUUUCCUUUCUUGACAAAACAUCACUUUUUAGUUUGUAAUUCAGUAUUGUGUGGAUUUUGUAAAACAUACAUUCACUUCCACUGGUUUGACCCCUACCAGCCCUCUGUUUACUCUGUAAAUGCACAUUAAAAUUUGUUAUGGUCUCUAGACAAUGAAUUAUUUUAGUUUUGUGUAUGUUGUGUUGGAGUUCAGUAGCUGAAAGCUCUUUUAAUUUGUGAUGUUUACAGAGGAUGAAGUGAUUUGAUCACUAGAGACUGUAAAAUGCAGGUCUGCAGUCAAAUACUAAACGUAAAGGAAGGUUAGGAGGGGAAAACAGAUAAACCAGACAACUAGAAUAUGGCUUAAAGGAUAUUCUUUCAGCAAAGAGUUUUAGGAAAGUGAAUUUAUUAUAUCGAUAAUCUAUAUUCACAAAGCAACUCCACCCAUGUGGCCCAAGAGGUAGCUUUCUUUGCUUUUCUGCAAGUGGAUUGUCGUUGCUCAUUCAUAUUCUUAAUUAAAAUACUUUGUCUGUGAAGUGAACAUAAAAAUUUUGCUGUUGACUGAAGUAAAAUGCAUUACAUGAAUUACUUUCAUUAAUGCAGGAAGGAAAAAUUGCUACCAUUUGCAGCUGCCAUCAGGACUUUUUUUUUUUUUUUCUUGUACCCUUUCCUUCCACUGAUGCUGAACAAUUCAAACCCUUUCAUUUAUCAGCACAGACAACCAUAUAUACCAUAUGCUUAUUAUGAUCUAUUUACAACAGCAUUAAGCAGCUGCAGUGUGGUCAGCUGUCAUUUUUCCUCAUUCUAAAGCCAUACAGAAAGGAAGAUAAAAAAGUAUGUCUAAUAUCUCACCAGUUCAUAACAUAUAGACCUACAGUUUUAUUUCAAAAUGUCCAUAUAGGCCCACUCGUGCACACUCUGAAGUCUUCUCCCACUGUUUUCAAAGGAAAAAAGAACUAACCAUGUAGUACAGAAUGAAAGGAUAACACCAUAAUGCUUUGGACACAGGUAAUAUAGUUGUGCAUAUAUUAUCUGCCUUAUCCACAUAUUCAGUACCAUUACCUUUGACUGGGAAUAGUCAGGCUGUGUUUGGUCUUAGAAAAUUCUUAGUAGCAGUAAACAGAGUGAAAGUGUGACCUAAGACAGACAAGUCAGGAAUAACUUUCAGGAAAAAAAAGAAGGAAAAAAUUUUUUUAAUGUAAAACUGAUGAUCCACUGGAAUAUUGCCUGCUUAAAAGGUUUUGCCUCAUAGUCAUAAUAGUUAAUCAGCCUACAGACAAACUGUCCUCCCUCUCCCAAAGUACUGUAGAUCAAAAACAAUAGCUUGGAGUGCACAGAAUGUAAAUCAGGGAAGAGUUACAGUUGUUUGAAUUUUUAUUUUCUGAACACACCUAUGGAACCACACUUCAGCACUCUGGAGGAAAGCCAACAUUUUUCCCAUACUAUAGUCAUUUAUGACUGGGUGCUGCGAGAAUUUCCCACAUGGAAUUCGGAAGUCUCAGUUUCCAUCAAUCUCAAUGGGAAUGAAAGGCACUGAUCCUCUAGAUGAUGCUCAGCAUCACACGUACUUCACUCAAAUAUGUUUACUGUGUACAUGUAUCUUGUACAAAUAUUCUGUGUAUGCACAUAGUCAUAUAGACAAUUUGCAAUGACAAAUAUGGCAUUAUGCGUGGCAUUUUUCAGGAGCUGUUUAGCCUCACAUUGUUAAAGUAAGCCUCUGAUUAUUAUGUUAACCUGGUAUUGUGUUUUACAUUAUGCUGCUGCUUAGCUAUAAAGCACCAUGUACGAGGAGCUUAAAGAACCAAUUGAAAUUAAAAGCAGAAUUCCAGACCAUCGGGACUGGUGUGAUAUAACAGCUCAAAAGACUACCAAGGAAAGCACAAUAUUGUGAUCUGCUAUUGUUCUUCAGCUGUGUCAGGAAAAGAAUGGGAUGUAAGAAAGGGAGACUGACAACCUACAGGGCUUUUGAAAAGGCUUUAAAUGUUGCACAAGAGGCUAAGGAGAUACAGUAAUUUUCCUUCCUCCUUCCUCCUCCCCAAGUUAAAAACCCCAAAAAGCUCACCUGAGGCUGGUCCAGCCCUUCUGGUUGCAGAUCUGGAUCUCAGCUUUAGAGCUUCUACCAAGCUUUGCAGAUGUGACAGCAACAGCUCCUAAAAGGAGCAAGUAUUGAUUGCAUUUCUAAACUUUAUGCUAUGUCUUGACAAUCGUUCUUCAAGUUACAAAUCAGCUUCUAGCUUCAAAGAACUCUCUAAGAGCAAGCUAAGCCCCAGUAGCCCCUCUUUUUUCCUAUAAACUUAGCUAUGAAUGAUUAGCUUAUAAAGGGAACAAUUGCCAUUUUCUGCCCUGGUCCCACCACAGAUCCCUUUGGUAUUCACUUAAUUUUCAGUUUGGGCUUAAAUCCAAUAGGAAACAAAUUGACUUAAUUAAACAGUUAAAAGCUCCAUUAAGUUACAUCCCUCAAAACAGGCAACUCACAUCUACUGGUGGCAAAAUCUCUCAUAAGUCAAUGUCCUCAGGAUUUCUACUGAAAAAGUCUAGUUUUGAGGUGCCUAUUUACAUGACUCAUGCCUCUCAUCCAGUGUCCCCAAGACCUCAUUACAUUAGAUAAAGCUACAAAUUACGGCAAUAAAAAUAAUAAUUUUUUAAGCCCGAAUAUAACUUUCUUCACAUUGCUCAAUGGUUUUUUUUUUUUAAUAGAAAAGUUAGUAUGGGCAAGUAUGAAGCACUUUGUAUUCCAAGGUAUAUGCCAUCAAAAUACAGCACACAUAUUUUGAGGUGUUAUAUGUUGUGAAGCUAAAAGAAACUUAUUCCCACUCCAUUAAAUGCGUUGUCCCAUCCUGCUUUUGUAUUAUGUAAAAAAAAAAAAAAACUUCAUUAUUUUUGUAAUACUAACAAAGAUUGGUACUGUUACAGAAACUGUCCCAUAAACUCUUAUCUUGUUCAAUGGCUACCAGCAUUUUUUAUCUCUGGAACUUCAUGUAUGUAAGUUGUUGCAUAAUAUGUUUGAACUUCCCUUUCUUAAUUGCCUUUUGUAGAUGCCUCAAAGAAAACCCUGGAGCAUGAGGGAUGCUCAGCCCAUAGAUUAAAAAAAAGCAUGACAGACUAACUGAGGAUUGACUGCUUCUUCCUCAGAAUUGUUGUUAAGAAAGGUACUGGAGACCCUGUAAGAGCUGUCACUUGGUAAUCACUGUAUCUCUUAUGGAUUACUGUUAUUUUUAUCAUUGUAAAUGUCCAAUAUUUGUAUUACAGCACUGUCUAAAGGCAAAGAUCAGAAGUCGGUAUAAGCAUAUGAGGAGUCACAGCAACAGCAAUAGGAUGGCUUGAGGUUUAAAGCUAUGCAUGUGAUUCAAUGCCUCUGUAACUUAGGAUCAGAACACACAUUAGAACCAGUUUCUCUUACUCUUUCUUUAAAGUAUUUUUGUUUCUUUCAAAUAAAAUAAGGAAACAGCAGCCACUGCAAAAAUCUGAAUGCUUGCCUAAUGUCAUCCAGUGUUCAACUUGUAACUUCUAAGUAACAAUCUUUACAAUGUUGUCAGCUUUUAGUUUAACAUUUAAAAAGACUGCACUAGUGCCAGUCCUCAAUUCCUUCCUCAAAAAAAAAAAAAAAAAAAGAGAAAAGAAUUCAAACUGUUGUUAUUUGCAGAAUAGGGGAAUGUUUGUGCCUGACAUUACUAUUGGUAAAUGUCAAAUGUUGUUUUCAGAGCUAAAAGCAUUAGGAACCAAGAAUGGAAUCAGCAUAAUUUGCAAUAUAAAUUUUUAAAGGUUAAUCUUCCAUGAUUAGCUUAGCUUAAACAAUGCUAAGCAUAAAGUAAAUUGCUUAGUGCAAGUCAUCAUAAAUGGCUUCAGUCUUCUGUUCUGAGUUUCCUGAACAAUGAUUUACUGAUUUCACAGUCAUGAAUUCUGCACAUACAUUCCCACAAUUUUAUUCAUGAUAGUUAAAAGAUUACAGUUUUCCUAGUGCUUUUCAUCUAAACAAUAUAGGAAGAAAAUACUAAAGAAGGCUAAGUUUGCCUGUAGUAAUGAAUCACUAGCAAAGAAAAAAUGUGCUUUCUCAAGAGUGAAGCAUAAUUGCAUUUUUAAUUCUUUUUCUCCUUUUUGUGAUGUUCUUUUCUUGUUCACACUUCAGUCUAAGAAAACAUGACAAAAUGUAUUUUUUACUACGCACUUCUUACACAGUGACAGAGGACAAAAUAAUGUCUUCCUUGUUGUGAAAGGAGCAGAAAUAAAUUAGAAUCUUUUCAUUUAACAGUAACUUAAACAUUUAUAGUAUCGAGUCACUUCAAAAUAUCUCUACUGUUAGGUUUAGGGGAAAGGAGGAACAGAGAAAGUUUUUCUGUGUUUCAACAUGACUCCUCAGCUCUGUGAAUGCUGUCAGCUAAUUGUCGUUCUGCACCUAAGGACUGGAGCCUAAAGCAGUGUCUUCUCUAACUUUCACAAAUACAAUUAUUUUACCAUAACCACCAGUGACAGAUUUGAGUUUUGAAAUGACAAAUAUCUGCAACUUGUAAAAUUUUUCUACACGGUUAAAAAUGGGCAGAGAAUUGUAACAAAUAAAGACAUACGGAAGUCUGAAGGAAGAUUACAAACUGGAAAGCACUUAGAAGUUUCAAAAUACUAGAAAUAACUUUUUACUCAAAAAAGGGGCUUUUGUGUGAUUUUCUUUUAAAGUUUAGUUGUCACUCUCAUGAAUCGUGCUAUAAAUACUGUGAAUUUGAAUCCCAUCUAUAUUAUGCUGACAGUACAAAGGGCCUUAAAUUCAAACGGGAGCAAAUGAGAUUUUAAUUUAUUGAAAUGCUCCUUUACAUUGACAUAACAGCAUGGGAAGAAGUCUUAUGUGUAUCUAUAUGAGACUAUUUACAGUGACAGCUCAUAAUGAAGCCAGAAUGUACAUAAUAGAUUAUUAAUUCCUUUCCUCUUUUUAUAUACCACCAACUUGAAAAACAAGAGAGAAGAUUGGGUUUGACAACUAGCUGCUUAAAAUAAACUAUUGCAUAUAAAUUUUUGAAGAAGCAAAAUCUCAAAUAUUCCUUAUUCAAAAGACUUGUAGAACAAUGACCUUUUAAAUUACAUGGCUUUCAGAUUUUGAAGCAAAGUUAUAUGCAUUGUAUAUGACAUCCUUGUACAUAAUGUUGAGAAGGAAGGGGAUGAUGACUUCUUUUGUUACUUCAGAUAAAAGAGUAUGCUAAUUGCUGCUGAUUGUUUUCAAUAUCAAAUAAUUUAACAGACCCUUCACAUCACUGGCAGCUAUACUUCUUAAAAAAAAAAGGGCCAAAUUUUAUUAUCACCUAUGGUACAGCUCAGUUUUUGGAUGCUAACCAACUCUGGUCCAAGUUUCAAAGAUGUUGGUCACACACCAUUACAGAAAAGGAGGAAUCCCCACUUACUUUACUAAAAAUAAAUUAUGUUAACUUAUGGUACCAAAUCACCUCAAUGUCUUUUUCUUUAGCAAAUCAGGCACUACUUUUGUCCAGACGUGCCAUCUGCCUCUCUAAAGGCAAUCAAAGAUGAAAAAGAAGUAGAAAUGUGGACCUUGAUAGGUUCACCUACUCAUUGGAUUCCUGUGUAAGAGAGGGGAAACAAGACUGGAGUCCUUCCACUUCCCUAAAGCAAUCAACAAGGAAGCAUCUGAACAGGAACUACCAAACCAAAUCACAGCUGUUAAAAAUAACACUGACAGAUCAACUCAGUAAUAAAAGGUGAAACACCCUAGGAAAUUACCUGCAAUUUCUCUAGCAAAACACCGAGGUAUUUCUCCAGGAACUACUGUUCUUUCAUCUGAUCCCUGUUGAUAACAUGGGCCAAUCCUAACACACAGACCAACUGCAUAGUACCAGCUAGAGAAAGAGGGUCUAGUAACUCAGGCUUUGAGCAGGGAAGGGUUUUGUCUACCUUUUGCAACUGCACAAAAGCAAAUCAGAGGAUUGCUUCCCAUCCAACAUCACUGUCCUACACUCGAUUAUCAGUGUCAAGAGCAUUCAGGAGAUGAACGUGAACCCUAAUUCUGUACUUUUCAAAAUACAUUGUAUUUUAUUUCCAGCUUUAGAGCAGAAAGACCUCAUUUUAUCAUUCAGCUAAAUUUCCUUAAAAAGGUAAGGCUUACAUCAUUUAAGAUUCUACCAGAUAUUUUCUUAUAUCUGGCAAUCUAGGUCCCACAUCUUGAAGUAAGGUGAUUUUAUAGGUAUCUUAGGCAUAUUUUGCAAAAAAAAAAAAAAAAAAAAAUUGUUCUUAGCUCUCAA